CUAUCUCUCUUCGGAUCUCAAUACUUCCGUUUGUAAAUUCUGAUUCGCUGUAUAUUUUUUCCUGUUGAGUUUGGGAAUCGCUUGAGAAAAUGGAGGGAGUCCAUGAGAAUACGGUGGUAGGGAGUUCUUCACCGCCGCCUUUUCUGAGCAAGACGUAUGAUAUGGUGGAUGAUCCAUCGACAGAUUCAGUGGUGUCGUGGAGUAAGAAUAACAACAGCUUUGUUGUGUGGAAUGUGCCGGAGUUUGCUAGAGAUAUUUUGCCCAAGUAUUUCAAGCACAAUAACUUCUCCAGCUUCGUCAGACAGUUGAAUACUUACGGUUUCAGGAAGGUUGAUCCGGACCGCUGGGAAUUUGCAAACGAGGGAUUUCUUAGAGGCUACAAACACCUAUUGAAGAGUAUAAGCAGGCGAAAACCCUCUCACUUGCAGGGCCAUCAACAAACCACCCCGCAAGUGCAAAAUGUAUCUGUUGCAUCUUGUGUUGAAGUGGGGAAGUUCGGAAUGGAGGAAGAGGUGGAAAGGCUUAAAAGAGAUAAGGAUGUUCUUAUGCAGGAGCUGGUUAAGUUGAGACAGCAGCAGCAGGCGACGGAUCACCAAUUGCAGACUGUUGGGCAGCGUGUCCAAUUAAUGGAGAAAAGGCAACAACAAAUGAUGUCAUUCCUUGCCAAGGCCAUGCAGACCCCUGGCUUUGUAGCCCAACUGGUCCAUCAACAGAACGACAAUAACAGAUGUAUUACUGGGAAGAAUAAGAAAAGGAGACUUCCUGAGCAGGAUGAAGAAAAUAUUGAAUGCAAUCCUGUCAAUGCUUUGCGAGAUGGACAGGUAGUCAGGUAUCAACCUUCAAUGAAUGAGGCUGCAAAAGCAUUACUGAGGCAGAUUUUGAAAAUAAAUUCACCUGGGAGGCUGGACAACAAAUUUAAGAACACAAAUGGCUUUUUGACUAAUGAUCCCCUCCCGCCUAAAAAUGCUCUAGACAGUAGCGGUACAUCCAGUCGUAUUUCCGGGGUUACCCUCUCAGAAGUACUUUCAACUUCUUCACAGUCUCAUCUAAUGUCAGAUUCAGGAUUUCCAUUCAACCCUUGUUCUCUCAUGUCUGAGACCCAAUCUUCCACUACUGUGGUUCCUGGGGAGGCCAAAGUUCAUGCAUUACCUGAAACUGAUGCCCUUAACUCUCACACGGUCCAUGAUUUGCCUGAAUUUUCUCAAGAACAAAGGAUUAAUAAACAUGAUACUCUUGGUACAACUGACCUUAAGAUGUCGGAGACUGGAAUUGUGCCAGAUAUUGACACAACUCAAGGUAUUUUGGAUGGCUUAAAGACAGUUGUCCCUGAUGGAUUUUCGGCAGACACCGAUGGCGAUAUUUUGCUGGAUGAUAUGCCUAAGCUUCCAGCGAUUAAUGAUAUUUUCUGGGACCAGAUUCUCUCUGCAAGCCCUCUAACUGAGGAUACGGAUGAGAUUGGUUCCCUAGCAGUGGAAGAUAGUUUAGAGAAGGAAGACGAUUUCCUUGGAGUUCAAGAGAAUGAUUGGGAUAAACUAACGCACAUGCAUCAUCUUACUGAACAGAUGGGGCUUCUUUCCUCAGGGGCCCAGAUUUGAUGAUUUCAUGUAUUUUUUAAUACUGCAAUGACAGAGAUAUAUGCGGUUAUGUAGACUUGUUAACACCAUGUUGAUAUCUUGAAAAUCUCCUCUUGAUAUAAUUCUUGUUUCAUUGUGGGGUCUAAAAUAAUUCAUUGAUCAUAUGCCUCAGUAUACUGUAUUAAAUGGGUGUGUCAAAAAAAUCGUGAGGUUGGAUCAGGUUUCAAUACUUCUAUUAGUUUAUUAUUACUCUUAUGUUCUACUCCGUCAUCUUUAUAAGGUAGGGUACUCUCUGCAUCACUGUGAUACUGCCUUGAACACAACUGCUAAAGUCUGGUGAACUUCUAGAGAGUGUAGAGCAUUGAACUUCCCCCGUGUGGUAAUAUUUUUUUGUCAGGUGGAUGUUCUAAACUGGUGGGCAUUAACAGCUUGUCUUGAAAGACUGAUCUUCACUACUAAUGAUGUUCUGAGUAAUGAAAGGGGGAUCCCCACAAGGAAAAAAGGCUGUGCCUGAUCUUGUAUUAGUUUGAUGCAUUUUAUUCCGACUCUUUGUAUGUAUAUUAUGUGGCACAGUGGGUUAGUUAAAAAAGAAUGCUAAAAUGUUGUUUACUUAAUAAGAAAGUGAAAAGGGAUGCAAAGAAAUUGUUGCAGGGGAUCUGUAUGUAACUUUUGCUGUUUAUAUAAUGCAAUGAUUUCAAUGAA